CAAUCUUUAUAAGCAUUUCUGUGUUAAAGAACAGCAUUAUUCAUAUUUUCAGAUUAUUCCUAAGAGGAAAAUGGGAAACCAAACAAGCAAAAAGUCACAAGAGACAUCGUCUAAGACCACAACGACAAACAUGCACUACACAACGGAGCUGAGAUCAUACGAGGCUGCAUGUAAAGCAGACACGGAGCUGCAAUCUUUCGACACAUGUUUACAGGCACGGACAAGUCACGUGAUAAGCACGCUAGCUACGGGUGUUGAGGUUCGAGCGCUCUCGUUUGAUUCCCUCAAAGAAGUGACCGAGUGCUUGCUAGAGAUGAAUCAAGAAGUGGUGAAAGUGAUAUUGGACUGUAAGAAAGAUAUAUGGAAGAAUCAAGAAAUUUUUGAGCUCGUUGAAGAUUACUUUGAGAAUAGCUUGAAGACACUUGAUUUCUGCGCUGCUUUGGAGAAAGGGUUGAGAAAAGCUCGUGAUAGUCAGCUUUUGAUCCUUGUUGCUCUUCAGCAGUUUGAAGAUGAGAGCCUCGUUGAAGGUUGUAAUGGAUACGAGAAGACACUUGACGAGCUGAAGAAUUUCAAAGACGCAGAAUCACCUUUCAGCAAAGACUUCUUCAAGAUGUUCCAGUCUGUGUACAAACACCAGAUGCUGAUGCUUGAGAAGCUACAGCUUCGCAAGAACAAGCUUGACAAGAAACUCAAGUGCAUCCACACAUGGAGAAAACUCUGCAACAUCAUCUUCGUGGCUACAUUCGCCACUGUACUCAUCUGCUCUGUUGUGGCUGCAGCCAUGGCAGCUCCUCCCGUGGCUGCCGCUCUUGCUGCAGCUACAGCCGUGCCGGUGGGCUCAAUGGGGAAAUGGAUCGAUUCGCUGUGGAAGAACUAUGAGAAUGCACUUAAAGGACAGCGAGAGGUGAUCAGUUCGAUGCAGGCAGGGACAUAUGUGGCGGUUAAGGACUUGGAUAAUAUCCGGGUUUUGAUCGAACAGUUGGAGAUUGACAUCAGGGGGAUGGUGACGUGUGCUGCAUUCGCAGUGGAACAUGAAGCAGUCAAGCUUGGGAUUGAUGAGAUAAAGAAGAAGCUUGAGGUGUUUAAGAAGAAUGUAGAGGAAUUGGGGGUUCAAGCUGAUUUGUGUAGCAGAGAUAUAAGAAGGGCAAGGACUGUGGUUCUGCAGAGGAUCAUCAAGCAUCCCAACAAUGUUAGUAGCAGCACCUGAAACCACACGAGCAACUCAGCUUCGUGCUAUGAAAUGUUUGAAGACUCUGUAAAGAAUAGUACAGAUUCUUUCUAAAGUUAUGUUUAAUAACUCAAACUGUUUAUGAUGACUGUUGCUCUAUAUAUUAUUUGAUGAUUGAAAAC